AUGGCCUGGAGACAGCUGCUUCUGACCUGUCUCUCAGCUGUUGCACUCCUGUCCAUGCUGCGAGAGGGGGCUGCCGUGUCGGUGGGCCUGAGGCAGGUGGCAGGACAAGAGGCACAGGAAGACGUGGAAGGGAUUUUCAUGCAGGAAUCAGACGCCUUGAAUUUCCUCAAGAAGUGCAGCAAGCGGUCCCCCAGAUUCCAGGACAAGGUCAAUGUGGAGAACAGGCAGAAGCUGCGGGCAGAUGAGCUGCGGAGAGAGUAUCAUGAAGAACAGAGGAACGAGUUUGAGAACUUUGUGGAGGAGCAAAACAACGAACAGGAAGAGAGAAGCCGGAAGGCCAUCGAGCAGUGGCGCCAAUGGCAUUACGACGGCCUAUACCCAUCCUGUCUUUACAACCGCCACCACAUCUGA